AUGAUCAAAAUCAAAGUGGUUGUACUAUACGGCGUCGGCGUGUUGACGUUCUUGGCCCUUCUAUUUAUCACCUACCAAGCUGACCAAUUUCUAUUCCGCCACGUGGUUCAGGAGGCGUUAAACGGCAGCCGAAACUUGUUCAGAUCGACCCCACUUCCUGAUGUCAAGACGACCGAGUGGGCUCUACACAAACCGCCGGCUGCCUUCCCAAUUUGCUCGUACCAAGAACCCUACGACCUCUCGUUCUGCCUUCCAACCAGCGAGAAAAGUAGUGUGGAAACCGUGGAAGGGAAGUGUUAUCCAGAAAACGAAUUAUUUCCCACUCGUGGAAACAGAUGCAUUUUCUAUGAUAUGCUUCAGACAAUGCCUGACAGCGUUUUAUCCACGGCCCGUCGUCCAGCUAUAUACUCAGUCUACCCACAGGAUAUUCCCCUUCCGAUAGUUGUACAAGCCGUCAAAAACAACAGGCCGAUUCCAGUGGUAUUUACCUUAUUUGCUAAAAUGCAGUACACUAGUAUCAUACUAUUUUACCGAUAUAUGUAUAUAUAGAGUAGGUGAGCUAAAUCAUAAAAAGUCAAUAGAAAAUGCGAAAUGCGUUCUGAUUUCGAAGAGAUUAAAUAAAAAGGCUUGUAAAUCUAAUCAUAAUGCAUAAUUCUAUAAAAAACUUCUUUCCGUCUGCAUCCAAAAACCAAUAUCAUUAAAAAAUACUCCUUAAUUAGCGUGCAUUUUUCUCACCGAGUUUCGAGUCUCUUAAAAAUCCAAAAAUUUUUCAUAGCCAUCAUAUGUAAAAGCACUCAUUCUUUUGCUCGUUUGGUAGAACAUUACGCAUUCUUCCAAUGUUAUACUCGAAGGAAGGGUAUAAUUUGGUUUUUACAAGAUUUUCCAAUGCCCGAAUAAUAUUUAAUUCGACCUGCCGUUACUCUUGGAUCCAGGGUUUCUAAACUGCAAGCCGUAAAUUUUCAGCAAACGGAAAACCGUAUAUUUCUCUACGGUAAGAAGAGGAGACUAUAUGGGGUUAAUACAAUUUAGCAGUGAAUUAGAGCCAUAUCGUUAACUUUACAAGUCACAUUGGUAUGAACUGCCAUUUCACGGUAUUAAAAAGUCCCCAAUUAGAAACUUUUUAAAACUCGAAUUAUACCCCUUCCUUCGAGCAAAGAAUUAGAAGAUGUAAUUUGCUGCCAAAUGAGCAAAAAAAUGAAUAUGUUUGUGCAUAUUUCUCAUGAAAUAUAGUUGAAUGUGUAAGAGCAUUCAAAAUCAGCUAGAAAAAUGCACGCUUUUGAAGUGGCCAUUUUUUACGGAGUAUCGUUUUUGCUCUAAGCGGGAAAGAAGUUCGUUUGAAUGCCGGCAUCCUAAAUAAACUUGAUUAUUAUGGAAUUACGCUGCAGGCUGACCAGUUUUACAACCCUGUUUAAAUAAUCUUUUUGAAACUAAAACGCAUUUCGGAAUUUCAGCUGACGUUUCAUGAGUUAGCCCACCUAUUGUAUGUCUAGAGUACGGGAUAUUACGUUCGCUAUAUAUAUAUAUAUAUAUAUAUGUAUAUAUAUAAAGACAUUGAUAGGCAGAUGUUGCUUAUGUCACCGCCGCCAUCUCGAAACGACCGCUAUUCACUUUGACCUUGAAGACGAAGUUGACACAGAACUCAGGAUUGCCACCCAUUCUGGACUCAAUCAUUAUGCACUGGCAGUUGCCAAGCCUUGCCUUUGUAGCCGCUUGUAAGAAUUUAAAAGAGACACAUCAGUUGGGAAAGAUACGUGUCUGGUAAGCGCAUAUAUUUGCAAAAUCUAAAAAAAAUCGAAUUUAUAUCACAAUAGAAAAAAAAGUUAUCACGGAUAACGAGAGAUGGCAAUGGGCAUAAGUACCUGUGAAUACGGGAUCGGGAAAGUUCUGAAGCAACAGCGCAAAACCCAAGCCGUCUCCACUUAAUUUCACUUAGACCUAUUAAGAAGUGGUUUUUUUAUUAACCUGUUACUCAACGACUCAUACAGUGGGUGGGCUAAGUCAUGAAAUGUCAACAGAAAUUCCGAAAUGCGUUUCCGUCUCGACAAGAUUAAUAAAUUAGAAUUGUAAAACUAAUCCUCGUACAGCAUAAAUCUAUAAUGUUUAAGUUACUCCAGCACGCCGGCUUUCGCACAAACGUUUUUCCGGCAGCAUCCAAACACCAUAUCCUGCAAAAACUGAAUACUUAUUAGCAGGAAUUUUUUUCAGUGAUUUUCGUUGCUCCUGAAGAUUCAAAUGUAUUUCAUGGAAAACAUGCAUAAAGGUAAUCGUUAUUUUGCUCAUUCAGUUAACAGUUAAGUCUUCUUUCAGUUUUAUACUCAAAUAAAGGGUAUAAUUCGGUUUUCAAAAGUGUCUAAUUAUGAGAUUUUUUAAUAACGUGAACUGACCCUUCAAAAAGUGUCAUGUCUCUGCAUUUAACAAUGUCGCUUGCAAACUUGAAAAUGUCGCUGAAAUCCUCCGCUUUAUUUUCUGAACCCCAUAUGCUACCAUCUUCAUACGGCAAAGAACUGAAUGGUUUAUCGAACGCAGUCAUUUUACGGUUUGUAGUUUGGGAACCCAGAAUGAAAGUGGGUGGGGUUCAAAAUUAUUCGCGAAUUGGAAAAUUUCUAUAAAACCAGAUUAUACCCUUCCUUCGAAUGUAAAAUCUGAAGAACUAACACGUAAUCUUUCACAAAAUAAGCCCAAGAAUGAAUAUUUUCAUGCAUGUUUUCUAUGAAAUAUAAUAAAUUCAUUAAGAGCAUCAAAAGUCACCGUAAAAAUGCAUGCUAUAUGAGUAGUCACUUUUUUACGGAGUAAGGUAAUUGAAUGCAGCCGAAAAGAAGUUUCUUCGAAAGCCGGCAUGAUCUACGGCAGUGAUCGCGAGAGAUCUUGAGAACAGUACGCAUAUGGUGCCAAGGCGGUUGAGUACUAUUAAUACUUUAGUCUUUGUGCCUCCGCAACCCUUGCCUGUGUUUUUUGCCCCCGAGAAUGGGUUCAAGGGAGUCAGACAAGUAGAAUUGCUGUCUUAGGCAUCACAUCUUUCUCUGAUGGGCUGCCUUUUUCCGCAUAACUGUGCAGCAUAGCAUACGCGAGGGGAGGGGCUUUUGGCAUAUCUGUUUAGCAAUACGAAGGGUGAUUUGUAUCAGGUUUUAGGAAGUCACAAAACAGCGAAACUUGUUGAUAUGCACUUCGCUGUUUAUACUCCGACUUGGGUUUGAAGUGCAGGUGACGAUAAAUAUGGGUGAAAUUUAUUUUUCUAGAUUGCCGCAUUUUUCAUGAUGUAUGCUAGCGACUACUGCCUCAUUUCAAGCUGUAUUUGUCAGAGGUGAAUGCAAGGAGUGUUUAAACUUUUGACACGGAUAUGUGCACAGCUAAUGUUAAAUUAGCAAAAGUAGGAGAUCCGGGUUGAUAAUCUGAGGAAAACGAAGUGCUCACUGAAGUGCUUCUUCAACGGAUAGAACACUUGGUGGUACCCAAUUAUCAACUUAAGUUCUGGGCUUGUUACGUCGAUGACACCGUUGCCAUUGUCAAAUCAUCUGACGUGGAGACCCUCAACGAAUUACCGAACUCGGUUGACCCCAAUAUUCAAUUCAGGAUGGAAGCUGAAACAAACAACCAACAUCCAUUACUCGAUAUACUUGUGCGUCGGUGUGCAACUGGGCAAUCACAAACUAUCGUUUUCAAAAAAGCCAUCAACAAAAGACAAGUACUACACUUCAACAGCUAUCGCCUCCUCUCUCACAAACGCAGCCGUGUCCGUACUCUAUUUCAAAUAAGUGAAACACACCAGCCGACAAUAGAGUUGCACGACAAUACAUUCAUGACCUCUUUCGAACCAAUGUAUACCCAAGCUACUCCAUCAAGCAAAGUAAGUGCCGAGUCGACAGACGACGGCCACAGGAAGAACAACCCGACGUCUAAAGGGCUAUUCCUUACAUAAAAAGGAGUCUCCGAGGCGGUUUCAUGACUGUUAUAACCCGCCAGGGUAGGCAUUGCCCAUCGACCCCAGGUAUCAAUUCGUCGCCCUUUGAUACAAUAAAAACACAUCCUGCCACGCACUGAAACCUCAGCUAUUGUCUAUCAAAUACGUUUUAACGAUGAAGACUGCAACUACGUUGGGGAAAUCAGACGGAAAUUGCAGACCCGCCUACAUUAGCACAAACUAGCAACUCGGAGACUAGACUCAAACUCCCUGUUCUGCGGCUUACGUCAGAGAAAAUGGUCACAAUUUGGAUUUUCAAGAAACAGCCGUCUUAGACAGGGGCACCUCAAGGACAGAGCGUCUCACACUUGAGCCAUGGUAAUCAGAUGCCAAAUCUAUCAACAGGCGUCUAGACCUCCCUUCAGCCUAUAAAGUCUUACUUCAUUACACACGAUGUGACGAAGACAAAACGCUCAUACGGAGCAUAAGACUACCAAGAAAGCAUGGCCUGUCAACCAAUUCGUCCAAAAGGGGGACGCAAACGCAACUAACUCCAGUUGAGGUGACGACACAAAAUAUAGGAGGCCACCAACACUCACAGGCGACGACCGGUAGGCCAAGGCAGCGAAAGAAGAACAAAAGUCGACCAGUCCAAGGCCAACUAAUCCGGAUGUCCAUUCAAAACUCUGAUCGAUUUUCACUAGACGCUUUAAUAAUUAAAGGCUGCCCGAGGUCUUCGAAACGUCAGCCAUGCAAGUCCCUCCAUUUUUUCAGGCUUACCAAUGUCAGGGCCUUAUUUUUAUGUUGGCGUGUGACACAUAAUGGGUAAGUUAGGUGCCCGAAAGUUCGCACCUGUCGGAGGACAUUGCUUUUGACUUAAGGAUGAUUAUUCUGGUCAAUGGCUAGGAAUCGAAUUAGCGUCAGGUGUUAGAAUUUCGACUUGAAUUUAGCAUCUAGGGUAAACAGUUUGGUAUCCUGGACGUAAUUCAAGGUCGAUAAUGAGUGAAGACUGCUCUUUCAUUUUUCGCCGAAGGCAAUAUUGGCCACACACUCUCUUCAACGGCGCGUAGAGGUUUCCCAUCAUGUCAGAUUUUCCGCACUGGACGCAUUGAUCAGUUGUGACUUAUGUUCAGAUCGAGUCUCCAAGUUAUUCCACCAACUCGAUAAGUGCUGAAAACUACUCCGGUAAAGACAUACAUGUGCACUGAGAAAAGUAAACUAAGGUCUCAAUUUUCCAUUUUGUCCUGGGAUUGGAUAUUUUCUUUAUUUGAAGUUGGUUUACGAUGAAAAGCGAACACCACAUUAAUUUUCUCGACUGCGUCCCCACCGAGGUUCAUGACCAGCCUAUUUGUGGUUGGGCUAUUAAGCUGAAGAAAAGUAAAGGCUUUGAGCUGCCACAUAUAAGGACAGAACGAAAGAAUUCGGGAGAGUUCUUCUCCUCCGACUACUGUGCGUGCUUUUCUUGAAUAGGCCAGUUAUCAAAUGCGUGGCCGUGGUCUGUCAACAUUUUUAAAGCGAUACGGUUAUUCAUAGAUUCAGAUAAUUACUUUCUGCUGAUCUAAGAAGCAUGGACUAUAUUGAUUUGGUUUAUACAACAGUUUCUUCACAGAGGAUAGACGGUGUCUCUAUGGAUUCGUUUUACUGUUAUUUGCAGAGCAAAAUGCUGGCACCAACACGGGAAGAGCCUAACUAAAGCGUUACCCUUAUUUCCAAUUGUACCAUUAUUAUACUUCGGAUAUGAUUAACUCCUGUUGUUAUAUAUUUUGUUCCUAACAGCGUCCUCGCACUAAUAAUCUGUGUCUGUUAACCAUAAAAAUAUUAAACGUUGAAUACUUUUUAUUCACUUCCAGCAUCCUGGAUUAGAAGUGAGCACCUCCCACGAACGACUUUUUAAUUAAACUUUAGACGUCUUACAUAUUCAACUGUCAUUUUUGUAGGGCAGCAGAGAGCUUUGCCUGGCGUUACCAUGGUAGGUUAGCCGUUAACUUACGUUUGUGAUUAGUUCUUUAUCAAGGAAAAUUUCCCACUCCCAGUAGCACCGAUGUACUGCCUCGACUAUUUUUAGCACAGAGUGAUCUUCUACCUGUAGGUUCACUUUUCCGAAAAAAAAUUCGCUAUCCUUUAUCUGCUUGAUCUUCUAAGCUUACUUGCCGACAACUAUUAGCCCGACUUUACGAAGGAGUAUUUUUGUUUUUAAAAAGCCUUCAAUCAUGAGACAUUUUGAGAUCGUGAAAUAGCUACCCCUAAAUCAUGCUUUCCGUCCUUUUAUUAAUGCUGCCUGUAAAGAAUACAACAUGCUCCACAUCCACUGCAAAGUUUUACGAGCCCUAAACCACAUCUUAAUAUCAUAUAUAAAUAUAUGAUUUUUCCCGCAGAUGAAAUAUGGAAUUUGUAAUUUGCAAGUGUAACGGCAGAUCGGGUUCAAAUAUUAUGGAAACUGGAAAGUUUUUUAAAUCUUAAUUAUGCACUACGUUUAAGUAUGAAAUGUAGAGAAGACGCCAUUUUCUGCCAAAUGAACAAAGAAAUGAAUAUUUUCGCGCACUUGUCAUACAUAUAUUUAAAUUUAUAAGCACAUCGAGAACGAAUCGGAAAGUAUCAUACGACGUUGAGUGGAUGUGUUAGCUCAUGAAAUGUAAAUCGAAUUUCGGAAGAACGUUUUCAACUCGAAAAUAUAACCCACGUAUGAUUAUAAUAUUGGUUGCCUUACAACAUAAUCCCAUAAUAAUACAUUUUCUUCGGGAUUCCCGCUUUUAAAUGCACUCCUAUCCAGUCGCCUGCAAAAACUAAACUCUGCUAAGAUUGGCUACUUAUUUAGUAUGAAUUUCUCUAAUUUAUUGUAGAUUGUUAAAUAAUUUCAAAUAUUUUUCAUUACAAGUGUACAUUAACAUAAUUCUCAUUUUACUCAUUCGGGAGCAAAAUACGUCGUCUACCAAUUAUACACUUUAACUAAGGAUAUAAAUCGCCUUUGAAAAUCAUUAAUUGUCAAGACAUUUUGAAGCCCACCUGUCUUUCCCUUUGCAUUCGGUGUAGGAAAACCUAAAGCUAUAUAUUUUCUGUGUACGCAGAAUCAUAUAUUUCCCUACAAUAUUAGGAGGGGACUAUGUGGGGUUCAUGAAAUCUGGCAGUGGAUAAGAGCCAUGCUAUAAAGUCUUCAAGCAAAAUAAGUAAAUACAUAGAACGACAUUUCACGGUCUUAAAAAUCUCAUAGUUCGAAAGUUUUUUGAAAAUGAAUUACACGUAUAUUUUAAGAAAAAAAUCAGGAGACGUUAUUUUUCAAAAAUUGACAACUUCUUUACAUGUUUUCCAGGAAAUAUAAUUGAAUUUAUAAGAACACUGAACAUCGGUUGGUAGAGUUCGUACUUAAUAAAUAGUCGGCUUUUGAAGAAUGCAAUUUUUGCAGACGGUCGAAAGGAAAUUUUUUUCAAAAGCCGGAAUUCUGUGGUAACUGAAGUAAUAUAAAAUUAUAGCGCAAGGCAAUUAUUAUUACAACACUGCUUUAACAAUCUUUUCGGAUCGAAAACGUAUUUCACAAUUUCGGUUUACAUUUCAUGAGCUAGCAAACCUACUGUAAGCAGUCGUGUAGUUUUUGCAAGAAAAUCCUUCAAAAGCCGGCAUUCUGAUGUGUGAUGGAUUCUACUAUUAUUAUUUAGUCUUAUGACCCUACUUAAGUAAUAUUGUCUUAUCAAAGAUACCUUUCCGGAUUUCGGUUAACGUUAAUGAGAGAACACAUCCACUGUACCAACAUCAUUUGUUAUUUAGAGUGGGUAAAAGUACAUUUGGCGUAGUUUUUGAAACCCACUACCACACAUUUUCAGGUCCCCAUAAAUAACCCCAAACUUGUGCUGCUACGCACAAGUCAGUCUAUCUGCCCUCUCACCAGAAAUCGGAGUCGCGCACGGUACGACCUAAUCAUCAUUGUCAAGAGUUCACCAGGCAAUGCAGCAUGCCGGUCUCAACUGCGCCAGCUGAUCAGCCGUCAAGCGGCCACGCUGGCCAGUCCUGUCGGGCUCCGCUUCAGCCUAGGCGUCCAGGCCGACACCGUCAGCCAAUCACGACUCCUGCAUGCCAUAAACGAUGAGGCCGCCCGUUUUGAUGACAUCAUCCUGACCGACUUCAUGGACACCUACUAUAAUCUGACUCUGAAGAAUCUGGCGAACCUGCGAUAUGCUCAUGUGGCCUGUCAGGGAGCCGCUCCGCUGGUCGCCUUCAUGGAUGAUGACCAUGGCCUCAAUUUGUCAGCUUUGCUCCCCUAUUUUCGCGCCUUCGAAAGGCGACAGCUGCUGCAAUCUGUCUUCGGCCACAUACACGGCACGCCAAAGGUCAUUCGCAGUCCAGAGCACAAGUGGGCCCUUACGAGAGGCGAUAUGCCCUUCUAUAUGUAUCCGGACUACGCCGCUGGUCCAUGCUACUUCAUCGGCGCGGAGGCUGUGGAGGCAAUUUCGAUAGCCGCAGCCUUCACCAAGCCGUUCUCCAUGGAGGACGCCUAUGUGGGCAUGACAGCGACGAAGCUGGGCAUCCACAUGCACCAGUUGCCAGGUGUAUACCUUCAUGGACCUAGAGAAGGAUUACUAUCACAACAGACGCCACUAGUAGCCUUGUUGAAAUACUUCGAGCAGUAUACACCUUAG